CCUGCCACUUGUCUGAAAAAGCCGCUUCUUCUCGGAAUCACUUUUCUUUCAAUAUCUUUCUUUCUUCUGUGUGAAAAGGUAAAAACUUUCAGCUACCGUAAUUCCCUCUUAAAAGCUCGUUUAUUUUCUUCGCUUUCAUAAGCAAAAGCGCUUUUCCAUAAACAUGCUGUUGAGGAGCUCCUCUACGCCAAUCUUCAAUUCUUGGCUUCCCCACUCCAAGGACUCCUUCUCACCAGAGCCAGAGUCCCAGAUCCUCCAAAGAACCAAAUCAAUUUCCUUCCAUUCUCAACCUUCAACUGAUGAUCUAACAAAGACAAUCACCACCCAAUCUUUUCAACAAGAAGCUAAUCUCCAAACACCCAAGAAGGGCUCACCUAUAAGAGCUCCUCACAUCUAUAAACAGCAAUGCAAGAAAAAUAGUGAUGAGGAAGAGAAGGAAGCUGCAAAACCCAGUUCAAGAAUCUCAAGUUCUGGGUUGGGAGGGACAGUGAUGAAUGAUGAUGAUGAUGGUGUUAAGAAGAAGGGUUAUGGGAUGCAGACACUAGUAGUGGGUGGUGGAAUAGGAAGUGGAGGUGGUGGAGGAAUUUGUGGCGGUGGUAACGGAGGGAGAAGAUCAGAUGGUGGAGAUGGUGAUGGUGGGUCAGAAUUUUAUGGGAAUGAAAAAACUGAUGCUUAUUAUCAGAAGAUGAUUUCAGCUGAUCCUAGCAAUGCACUUCUGCUUGGAAACUAUGCUAAAUUCUUGAAAGAGGUUAGAGGAGAUUUUGCUAAAGCAGAAGAGUUCUGUGGAAGAGCAAUUUACGCAAAUCCAAGUGAUGGGAAUAUUUUGUCAAUGUAUGCUGAGCUGAUAUGGCAAAACGAUAAGGAUGCUCAAAGAGCUAAGAGCUACUUUGAUCAAGCUGCAAAAGCUGCCCCAGAGGACUGCUAUGUCCUAGCUUCAUAUGCUAGAUUUCUUUGGGAUGCUGAAGAAGAAAUUGAAAAUGAAGAUGAAGAUGACCAAGAAGUAGAUGAAUCUCAAGCCAGUUUCUUGCUUUGCUCCCCCCAUGAUCCCCCUUUAGCUGCAGCUUCCUAGUCUCAGAAGUAUAAAUUAUACAGUAGUAGUUUUAUGCUUUGUCUAAAAUAACAAAGUCAUAUAUUACCAUCUAAUAAUUAACCUCCCUUUCUUUCAAGCCAA